AGCUUCCAUAGGUUUGAUUGAUCAUUCUUUGCUGAUAGUAUUAAAUAUAUUAAUUAAUACACCCCUAAAUUCCUUAUACUAUAUCCACGCCCUCCAUCCGUUACAUAUCCAUCUUUACUAUAUAUAGAUUUAGAUUUCCCACCUAGGAAAAAACCAGUUCUCUACAUCAUCACUAAUUUCUUUUUUUCCAGUUUUAUCUGCUCAUUUGUUAGUUAGUCAGCAAAGCGGAGAGCUUCAAGUUCAACCCUUCGAUCUUUUUGCUGCGACUGUCUUUUUAUUUGUUAUUACUACAUCUAUUGGAUUUGACCAUUAUCAUCCAGAUGCUUAUCAGACCAGAGCGAUAAGAACAAAACGGCUUAUUCGGGUUGUAUUGGAAUCGGUUUAUUGUGAAUCGUUCAUUUCAGCUGUUUUCUUGGGGUACCAAAUUGUUGUUAAGUUUUUGGUUAGUUUUGGUUUCUUUCCAUCCAUCUCGGAAUCAGUUCAUUGAUUCAGAAUUCCCCCACAACCAGAUUAAACGAACCUCGUCUCCUUUUUCUGCAAUUCCUUCAGAUUAUUAAACAGGGCUUUUUAUUAUUAUUGUUAUUAUUCACGGCCUUUUCCUCCCUCUUCAUCGGAUUUGUUCAAUCCGCCCAUGGCGAAGCUUCGGCUCCGUUCUUCCCAUUUCAUAUCCUGACAUUUCAGAUCAACUCCAAGUUGUUGGGAUUUGGGAAUACUAUAAAGGGACGUAUUUUUCGUGCUCUGUUUCUUUUUGUUUGUCUUUUUUCCUUUUGUGGGAAGAAAAAGGGGGCCAAGAUUCAAGAACAGAGUAAAUUGAGGGAGGGGAAGAAUUAAAUAUAAUUCAUCUGAUCGGGUAAUGACGAAACAAAUUGUGCUGCGGGCGCCGCAGUCGUUCGUGGAUCGGCGGCAGCUGUUGCUGGGUGCCCAAGAAAGUUCCUCCCGGGGAGGUAGUCGGGUGGGGGAGCUUGUCGGCGGCACGGCGGCGGAGUGCGCGGCGGUGUGCUGCUGUUGCCCCUGCGGUCUGGUCAACUUGUUGGUGCUGGCCGUUUACAAGGUUCCGGCGGGGCUAUGCCGGAAGGCGUUGAGGAGGAAACGACGUCGCAGGAUGAUCAAGAAGGGGCUGUUGCCGCCGCGCAAGUGCGGCUGCGGUGACGUCGAGCUGUAUCAACUCCACCCUUUGUCGGGCCCAAUGACGACGACGUCGGCGACGAUGAUGGCUGCGGCGGUGAAUUCACUGUCGAUAGAAUCGGACGAUGACGUGGUGGAGCUGGAGAAGGAAAUGUGGGACAAGUUUUACAGUGCUGGUUUUUGGAGGAGUCCCUCUCAAAGAGAGUGACUGACUUUCGGUGAAUACUGAAUUUGUGAUUAUUGCCAUUGAUACCGUCAAACUUUUCCGGCACUGUAAUAUGUUAAAGUUAAAACAAAAUCGUCCCAGUAAAAUUUCUAACCCAUUACAAUUUAUGGGGGUUUUUUUUUUUGUUUUUUUCUCUUUCUUUGAUACAAUGUUUUACUCUUUUUUAUCUUGAUGAUCUUGUUAUGAUGGAUUGGUAAAAAUCAAAAUUGGGAUUUGGGGGAUAAAUGUUUCGUCCCAAUGUUUCCAUGAUUCAUCAUGUACAUAUAUUGGAUAUAUGGUAAAAUCAGAUUAACUGGCUAAUUUGGUAUAUUCUGUGUAUUGUCAAAUUGGAUAUGAAUACAACAAUUUGUUGUAUAAAAAAAAUACCAAAAUUUGAGAAUAACUUGUUGGAUUUGCUGAUUACGUGUUACAGAGUUAGAUUACAAAUCAAAAGGGAGGUUAUGUGAGAGUGAAAACGGAGUGGAUUUUGUAGCAUUUUGAUAUUUGUUUUAGAACCUUGUUUUGUACUGAAACUCGUGUUCGAUUCGCGUAAGGUGUUUGGUGUUGAACACAUUUUGUUUGAUUGCUUAGACGGAAGU